AUGUUGUCCAUACUAAGGAAAGCCCGUCUAAAGGACAAGGAGAUGCGGGUUUUGAUGCUUGGCCUAGACAAUGCGGGCAAAACCACCAUCGUCAAGCAGAUCAUGAAAGAAGACGUCACCACCGUCAGCCCUACGCUAGGAUUCAUCAUCAAAACCAUAGAUUUCCAAGGAUACCGCCUAAACAUCUGGGACGUCGGCGGUCAAAAGACCCUACGCUCGUACUGGAAGAACUACUUUGAGAAAACCGAUACCCUCGUCUGGGUUGUCGAUGCGACCGACCGUCUCCGUGUGGAGGAUUGUCGUGAUGAGCUAGCUGGUCUUCUCGUGGAAGAGGUACGUCCGCUUUGCUGGUCCCGCCGCGUGAAGGUUCUUUCGAGCAUCCCGGACUGA